CCCGUCGCUGGCUGCCGGUAGCUCCACCUGAUGGAUGAAUGAAAGGGAGGAAGGACAAAGGCUUCCACAAUCCUAUUCGGGCGAGGGGCUUAGACUGAUCGGCACUUCGGUUCGGGAAUAGCCGAACCCGGCCAGACACCCGGCGUCUUCCCAAAUCCAUCCGACGACGACAGAAUCUACAAGUACGGUACUCGAGCAGAUGUGUGCUUUGUCCAACAGGUGUCAGUACCCAUGCUACGGCACUUGCACACACCGCGCAGCGCCUGGGAUGUACUCGAGUACACAUAACGGUACUUGUGUUAACAUCAUCAAUUAAUGCUGCAUUGGGAGUGGGAGGAGGGGCGUUUCCACGGACAAAGCCGAAGUCUCAGGGGAUCUUGCUAGGGUGUCGGCAAGGAGGCGAAAACGAAGUGGGGUCUAAAAGCUACCCUACCGUGACUGAAGUGAUGUGAAUUGGGUUUGCGGGGGUGGACUUUACGGGUGCUCGGGCAAUGGUACCGGCAACGGGGAGGAUGCGGACGUUACGCCAGUGAGGUCAAGUUAGGGCAGGGUGGGGACUCUAACACAGAGACUGUGUGUGAGGAGCUUACUCCAGUUUUACGGGCUCUAAUUUAGUUAUGUGGCGUAUCAUACUCGAGUAACGUAUGUUAUAGUCUACCUGCUACUACCCUGCUACGAUAUGCGCGGGCUAGCUUUGCCCAAGUUGCUCUGGACACCCGGAUUACCGAGGGUGCUUGCUUGCCUCCCCGCCGCCAGCCUGACCCCCGACGGGCACGAAAUGGCCAUAACGUUAUCAUAUAAUAUCUAUCACGAGUUCUAGUGUUCCGUUUUCUCUCUUCUCUACCUCUCUUUAGUCCUCAAUUUUUGUGAUUCCUUUCUCCAUCUCAACACCAAGGACGGCAGAGAGAGCGUACGCCCCGCUCCGCACUGUCCCAUACAUAUAUUGUACAGUACAUACGUUCCCCAGCACCUAGUGCCAAACUUCCCUAUCAUCACCACCCGGACCCGCAAAACGCGCACGCACACACCCGGCAAUGCCCCCCGAGAAAGCUGCCAUCCAGGAGGGGGAACCGUCCACUACCAUUCCCCCGCAAGCCCCUACCGCCCAAGAAUCUUUGAACCUCCGCUCCUCAGCGGCAUCGUCCUCGGAUGGCGCAACGAUAAUUGUACCACGUACCGAUGAUUUUACGGAAACGAAUUCGACGUCUGCUGGCUCGAGAUUGGGUCACCCUUUCUCGCUCAACGAGAAGCUACAAGAGUACCAAAAUAGUAGUGGCAUCGAGAGUAGAGGGAGUUGUGGGACGGAGAAUGCUGGCGCUGUCGAGACGGCUGCCGAGACUGGUGUUGCACCGGAUGCUAUUACUGAACCGCACGCUGUAGCCCCGGAGGGGCAGCAAGAGGGGUUAUCGCAGAAGAGAAAGGCAAUAAUUGUUCUGGCGCUUUGUAUAUGUGUGUUUCUAGCGGCGUUAGAUCAGACAAUUAUUACUACUGCGAUGCCGAUUAUUGCUGCGCAAUUCAAUAGUGCUACUGGGUAUACUUGGAUCGGCAGCUCGUAUUUAUUGACUUCGGCCGCGUUCUUGCCGGCAUGGGGUAAACUGAGCGACAUCUGGGGCCGAAAACCGGUUCUCCUUUCCGCAGCAAUGAUAUUCCUUAUUGGAAGCAUCCUUUGUGCAGCAGCCCCAAACCUAGGAAUGCUACUUGUGGGCCGCGUGGUACAAGGUCUAGGGGCCGGCGGUCAAUUGGGUCUUGUUAACGUUACCAUCGCCGACCUUAUCGCUGUCAGGGAACGUGGCAUGUACUUGUCGUAUAUUGGACUAACGUGGGCCUUCGCAUCGGCCAUUGGGCCAGUACUUGGAGGAGUUUUUACUGAAAAGGUUACAUGGAGAUUGUGCUUUUGGAUCAAUGUGCCAAUUGCAGUUUUGGCGAUGGGCAGCUUGAUAUGUCUUCUCCAUCUGCAAUCACCGAAGAUUACGGUGAAGGAAGGAUUGAAAAGAGUUGAUUGGCUUGGAAUCGCUCUUGUCGCCUCCGGCACAGUCCUCUCCCUCCUGGGCCUCGAGUUCGGCGGCGUCUCCCAUCCCUGGCACUCGCCGAUCGUGAUAUGCUUUAUUCUUUUUGGAAUGUUGAUAUUAUGCUCCUUUGUCUAUGUUGAAUGGAAAGUGGCAAAGUUGCCGAUUAUGCCUAUUAAGCUUUUCACUAACCGGACUAAUGCCUGUGCUUAUUUUGUUGGGUUUUUCCACGGGUUCAUAUUUAUUGCAGGAUGUUACUUCAUUCCUCUGUACUUCCAGGCUGUUCGUGGGGAUACGGCCUUCAUGGCGGGGGUGUAUGUGUUGCCAUAUGUUAUGACAUUGUCGGGUGUUUCUGCAAUUAGUGGAUUGAUAAUUGCCCGGACUGGGCGCUACCAAGAAGUAAUAUGGGCUGGUGUAGCAAUGACGACCCUAGGAGCUGGCCUCAUAGUAGACCUCGAUAGGACCAGCGGCUGGGGCAAAAUAGUAAUCUAUCAAAUAAUAUUGGGCAUCGGUUGCGGCCCCCUCUUUCAAUCCCCGCUCAUAGCUAUCCACGCAAAUAUCGACUACCGCGAUGUCGGCACCGCAACUGUCACCUUCGCCUUCCUGCGCACCAUGGGCACAGCCCUGACCAUCUGCAUCGGCCUGGUCGUAUUCCAAAACUCGAUGCAGUCCCAGUCGCGCGACCUCGCGGGCGGCCGCCUCCCCGACAAAGUCCUCAACGCUAUUUCCGGUCACUCGGCCGCUUCCUCCGUGGGAUUUGUGCAGACGUUGGAGCCAGCGGAGAGGGUUGUGGCGAGGGAUGCGUAUGCGCGCGGGUUGAGCACUAUGUGGUGUUUCUUCCUCGCUGUCUCGGCAGGUGAACUCUACGCAGCCCGCAAGGGCUCGGAGGAAGAAGGCUGGGGAGGAGGUGGUGGGGGGGGCGUAGAUUUGGGAUCAGGCUAUUUCUCUGGAUAUAACUUAGCAUGCAUAUGGGUGGGUAAUACGAUAAUCGAGUGCUCACGGCACGAUUAUUGAGUGAGAG